UCUACUUUCGCUUUGCUGUCCUGGCCGGUGUACGUUAUGUUGCGAGCACGGUUGGCUGGGUACAUAAGUUCAUCAAUGUCUAAAAUAUCUCACCGAUUUGCUUCUGAUAUAGUCAGUAAUACUGUGAGAGUGGAGGUUUUGAGAGACAAACAUGUUUGUUUGAUCGAGAUUGUUCGGCCAGAGGUGAGAAAUGCUGUGGAUCCUCCUACUGCUAAGGCUCUGUACACAGCCUUCCGCGAAUUUAACGAAGACGACGAGUCUAAUGUGGCUGUACUGCAUGGCGCAGGUGGACAUUUCUGUGCUGGCUAUGACCUGAAGGCCUUGUCUACAUCUGACGGUACAGGAAUUGAACCACCAGAUGUAUCGGACGUCGGACCCAUGGGUCCGACACGACUGAGGCUGACUAAGCCGGUCAUUGCCGCUAUAUCUGGGUAUGCCGUGGCUGGAGGACUAGAGCUUGCCCUCAUGUGUGACCUCCGAGUGGUAGACCAGUCAGCUGUAAUGGGUGUCUUCUGUCGCCGAUUUGGUGUACCUCUGAUUGACGGUGGGACUGUUCGCCUUCCUCACCUGAUUGGGUUGUCUCGAGCACUGGACCUCAUACUGACCGGACGACCAGUGGAGGCACAAGAGGCCCUCACUAUAGGAUUGGCCAACAGAGUUGUACCUACAGGGACAGCUCUGGAAGCAGCUAUCAGCCUUGCAGAAGACAUUGCCCAGUUUCCACAGGGAUGUAUGAGGACGGACCGGUCCUCUGCCCUCCACAACAUGUACACUGCCGACGGUUUGGAGGCGGCCCUCGCACACGAGUUCUCUAAUGGUAUCAAAGUCGUUCAGGAGGAGAGUAUUCCAGGAGCAACGUCAUUUGCGAAAGGAGUAGGCAGACAUGGCAACUUCAAAAAGACUAAGACAGAUCCGUCAUCAAAGUUAUGAGAUACAUCCUGUGUAUACCUCUUACUUACUGUGAUAUACAAUAAAUAUACAAUUAUAUGCCGUA